UCCUCCAUCGACAAAACAACCGGUCCCGCAGGUUACCUCAUUUCCUUGCCCCAGAAUCCAACUAUAAAACUAUAAAGCUUGUUUCUGUAGAAUUCUCCGGGUAGUUAUCAAUCUCAUCAAAACCGUCAUCGUCGUGGUCUCCAAAACCGUUCUCUCGUCUUUGAUCUCUUUCGAUUGUGAUUCUGAAGAUUGAAGACUUGGAGGAUGGCAGCUAAUGAGGAAGGAGAGGAGAAUACUUCUCGUGGAAAUGAGUGGGAAGUUGUAUCACUUACAGCAUCAGCAUACGCUGCUGCUCCUGGUCCAGAAGAAGUUGAACUGAAAGAUGAAAACAAGGAUAAUGCACCCAAAGAGGAAGCAGAAACUUCUCGUGCUUUGUUCAUGUCAGGUCACUUCGUCUUUCCAGCAAGCCAGCAUGAGAAUUUGCCAUUGGAGCCAGAUAAUAGUGAAAUUCUCGAUGAACAAGGCAGGGAGAGUGUUGCAUCUGAACUGGUUGUGGAAGAAGGGGAUAAAUCUGGUGGAAAGGAUGAAGAAAAUUUUAAACUUGAGGAGUUUAAUGUAUCUGAAGAGUUUCAUGGAAUACAGUUUUUUGAUGACAAGGAACAGAGUAUAUACGGUACAGAUACUUUUGGUUCUUUCCACAGUGAAACUGGACUUGGUGGAUCAGCUACAUAUGGGGAGAACCUAGUGAUUCCUGAAGUAAAUGAACAGGCUGAAGAGGAAUUGGAUUACUCCACAGACAUUGUUCACUCUCCAAAGUCUGCUAAAGAUGGUAAAUAUGAUGGGUCUGACCUUCCAUGUGAAGCUUGGUGGAAGAGAAGGGCAGCUUCCUUGUAUACUCAUGUAAAAGAGACAAAUGCAUUUUGGUCCAUUUUCGUUGCAGCGGCAGUAAUGGGCCUUGUAAUUCUUGGCCAGCGCUGGCAACAGGAAAGGUGGCGGGCUUUGCAACUCAAGUGGCAGGCUAGCAUUAAUGAGAAAAGUGGCAGGAUGUUGGGACCUAUAUCACGACUUAAGGAUGUGAUUGUGGGUGGCCAUCGCCGUGGAGCCCUUAUCAGGGGAAGUUCCUCAAAUGAAAAUUAAGAUGAUGAUGAAAAUGUUUAAGGAGAGUGUUUCAGGGUUGUUAUUAUGAUAUUUUGCUGUGUGGUUUGACCUAUUUUUCUCAUGACAAAGCUCUUUUAAGUGCAUGUUAACAAUUUGCGGUGGUGGUGCUUGUGUAAUUAUGGUGGCGUAAUAUUAAUUAUUGGGAAGUCUGGCAGUUUAUUUUUC